AUGUGCAUCAUUUUCUUUAACGUCUUGCCAGAAGCAUGUUUAUUUUCCACAGGAACUGCAGGAAGUCUCAAUGCUAGUUUUGGAGGAGGCUUCUUUUUGGUGGGCUUCUCAGAUUGGCCUCAGCUGGAACUUGCCUUUUUUGUCCUUAUUUCAAUUUCCUACUCCCUAACUCUCUUUGGCAAUACAACCAUCAUUGCUCUCUGCCGCCUUGACCUUCAAUUGCACACACCCAUGUACUUUUUCCUCUGUCACCUCUCCUUCUUGGACCUCUGCUACACCACCAGCACUGUGCCACAGCUUCUGAUCAACCUUCAUGGAGUCGACCGGACCAUCACUUAUGGAGGGUGUAUGGCCCAGCUCUUUAUCUCCCUCGCCCUGGGCUCCACGGAGGGUGUGCUUCUGGUGGUGAUGGCCUUUGACCGCUACGCUGCUGUCUGUCGACCACUCCACUACACGGCCAUUAUGCACCCCCAUCUCUGCCGGACACUAACUGUCAUCUCCUGGGUGGGAGGUUUUAUGAACUCUCUGAUUCAGACAGGUCUCAUGAUGGCCAUGCCUCUCUGUGGCCUCCAUCACCUGAACCACUUUCUCUGUGAGAUGCCUGUUCUCCUGAAGCUGGCUUGUGAGGACACACAAGGGAUAGAGGUGAAGAUGUUUGUAGCCAGAGCCAUCAUCUUGGUGGUUCCUGCAGCACUAAUUCUAGUCUCCUAUGUACACAUUGCUUGGGCAGUGCUGAAGGUUAACUCAAUUGCUGGAUGCAGAAAGGCUUUGGGGACUUGUGGAUCCCAUCUUUUGGUGGUUUCCCUUUUUUAUGGCUCGGCCAUCUACACAUACCUCCAACCCAUGCAAAGUUAUUCUCAGAGUGAGGGGAAGUUUGUUGCCCUUUUUUAUACUGUAAUUACUCCCAUGCUCAAUCCUCUGAUUUAUAGCCUAAGGAACAAGGAUGUGAAGGAGGCUCUGAGGAAGGUACUAUGGAAAGAUAAAUAG